AUGGCGGAUUUUGAUAAUCCAAGCCUCGACCGGUAUUUGAAUGACUCCGAAGAUGCCCUUCCGGGGCUCCUCACAGGUACUCAGCGUACAAGUUUUGCUGGUACUUCGUCUCUUUCUCAACAACACGCAAAUGGAACGUACAAUGAACCAACACACUCGAACAUAAUCCAGGAGUCCGCAUCAACGACAUCUCCCUCCAGUAUAUAUGACGAGAGUGUAUUUAGUAUGCAGUCUUAUAAGUCAACCACGACAGCGACAACGACUAGUCUACAAUCUGCUCAGACCAAUCCAAUUGUUGGGUGGCACCUCCUAGCACCCCCAAUCCCUCAUGUCAACACUACUGUCGUCCUUCCAUGCGAGUUUAUAUCGAUAAAUUGCGAGGUGACUUUCCAUCCAGACCACUUCGAGGAGUGGCUCGAGCACACCCUAUCGCAUUUCAGCGAUCUUCCUCCUCCGUCGAAAUGUGUCUGCCUCUUCUGUGAUGAGGAAUUCGAAAACAACUAUGAUCCGAAAAGUAACUGGAGAGAAAGGAUGGUACACAGUCGUGAGCAUCUUCUUGAUCAAGAAACAAACAUUCGACCAGACUUUUUCGUAAUCGAUUAUAUGUGGAAGAAUGGCCUAAUGAGUGAAGCGGAUUACAUUGUGGCCGGGCAAUAUACCGAGCGUCCGUUUGUACCUGGUCUCGUACGAAAAGGAUUUGAGACGCCUGAAGCAAAGUCCAAGCGGGAGAGAGAGUCCAAAAUUCCACACAAUCUCCAAAAGGAAGAAAGAGAUUGCAAACGUUCAAGCCAUAAGCACAACGGCAAAGAAAGGCAGAGCUCAACUUCGACAAGGAAGCAUCGGCCAGUAUCUAUCAGGCAUCUAGAAUGUACUUGA